AUGGCUAUAUGUUCUGACCUGCACGGUCUCGGUCAGCAGAGCGCGCGGACGCUCGAGAGAGCCGUGGGUGCAGGUCUCAUCAACUUGGCCUGGUCAAGCGCGGCGCUGCAUGCCAAGAGACUGUCUUCGUCAGACGAUGACAUGCCGGUCUUGCCAAGGGGAUUGAAGCCAGUGGACGAUUCUGGCAGCAUGGCAACGAGUGACGGGAGAGCUGAGGUGCUGCUUCUUGCAGAGCUGCACGAAUGGAGCUAUUGCAAGGAUCAGGCACCCCCGGUGCUUCCUGCCUGGCAAGCCUGGAUCCAAGGGGAACAGACAGACGGCUUUCGGGAGAAGGAGAUGCCGGGAAAGAGUCGGGGAAAGACAGUGUUGAUUGGAAGGUACCGGACUGUCGAGCUGAGCCAACCGACGCCACCAAUGCGCGGCUCACAGGCGCCUGGCGGCAACCGCGACUAUGUGAUAGGCUCGACCCCACCUUCUCGCUUCCACGUCCUGCCCCUGCUCGCCGCCUGCGCCGGCCACGGCGACGCGACGCAGGUGCUGCUGGGCAGCAUCCGCACGCUCGAGGCAGCCCACCGCCAGUACCUCUACGGCCUCGCCCUCAUGGCGCGCGGCCUGGACGAGCCCGCCGCCGAGCGUGCCGUCGACGCCUUCCGCCGCGACCUGCACGCCCUCAUCAGCAACUCCAUGGCCCCGGCGCUUGUGGACGCGCUGCGCCGCGUACUGAGCCGCCUCAUGCGCGUGCUGCUGCGCAUGCAGCCCGAGUCGCUGACCUCCUCUGCCAAUCCAGCGGCGUCGCAGCAUGCAGGUCGCCGCGGCGGCGGCGGCAGCAGCGCCAGCGCAAGCGACCAGACGGAUGGCGCCAGACGCGAGCUCCGUCAGCUGGUCGAGGCCUUGCACAAGGUCGGCCUUGCGGGAGAGAAGUUCCAGGUCCUCUUUGCCGAGAUGAUGGACGCCCUCAUGGUCGAGCACAUCAAGACGUCCUUUGCCGGGGCGUGGACGCAGCAAACGCAGACGGCGGCGUCAGCGGCACCACUACCGCCACCCAGGCCGCCACGAGCAUCCCUGCGCCGCGCGGGCUCGCUGUCGCCGUGCAUCGCCUCCCUGCACGACUGGGUCGAGAACCACUACGCGCGUCUGGCGGUUGAGGUAUUUGACCGCCUUGGCGCCGAGGUGGUCGCCUGGAAGCACGUCGAGGAGUGGAAGGAGAUUGCGGUUGGGCGCUUGGCGGUUACGCGCAUCCACGAGCUCUUUGACAUUGUGCUUCACUGGCCCGAGAGCAGAGACGCCCUCGACGAUCUGCGCGUGGCCGUGACGACGCCCCAGAGGCGACUGCAGCUGACCGACACCUUCUCGGCCGCGCUGCAGAAACGGCUGCUCCACCCCGGGCGGUCCACGCUGGACAUCCUGCAGGUGUACAUCUCCAUGAUCCGCACCUUUCACGCCCUCGACCACUCCAAGGUCCUGUUGGAGCGCGUGGUCCACAACCUUCAGCUGUACCUCUGCCAGCGAGAUGACGCCAUCCGCAUUGUCGUCACAGGUCUGCUGUCCGGGCCCGAUGAGGCGGCGGCGGCGGCGGCGGGCGGCGGCAGCGGCAUGGGCAGGCUGCAGGAGCUGGCUGCGCUGCUGAACGAUCCCGCGCAGCAGCGCCGGCAGACGGCCGAUGACGAGGAGCUCGACUGGAACGACAUGGACUGGGUGCCCGAUCCUGUCGACGCCGGCGUCAACUACAAGCGGCCCAAGUCGGAGGACGUCAUCGGCACGCUGAUCAACGCGCUGGGCUCGCAGGACAUAUUCAUCAAAGAGUUCCAGUCUAUCAUUGCUGAACGGCUCCUGUCCAAGCAGACCGAGUUUUCUCAGGAGGUCAAGGUGCACAACCUGCUCAAAAAAGGGUUUGGGGAGAAGGCGCUGGAAUGCGAUGACAUGCUCUCAUAA